AUGGCGAAGCCGCUGCCUUCUCCCAGUCAAUUGCGGUUGCUGCUGAUUCCCGGGGAAACAACCCCACCCAAUAAACCACUGAAUGAUGCAGCAGGUACUCCACGGGAAAGCUCUGCGUGGCCGACACUCCUCCCGUUUUCUCUGCCUUACCCAUCAGCGCCAGAUGUGAUGGUGGACUUCUUCGUCGCUGGUCAGUCCAUUUACGAGAUCAACAAGGGCUGCAGAAGCCUGGGCCCCUGCUCCGCGCUGCUGCCCCCAGAGGUGGUCUUGAGCGAUGCAUCGUUGCUGUUGGCAACUCCCAUAGACCCCCUCCUCCUCCUACUGCCCCAUUUGAAGCAGCACGCUGCAUCCUCUUUCGUUUCUCUGAUGGACGCCGUUGCUCCCACCAAACUCGAGCUGCAAAUCCGCCGCAACCUGCAGGCAGUAGCACAGCACCCCGCGGUGAUCCGCCGUCUGCACUUCUUUUGCGACAUUCGGUUGUUGAAUGGAACAAACAAUGUUGCUGAGCAAGAGGUAGGGUCCGCCCGCCCCACUGCAACAGCACAGCAGGGCACUGCUUCUCCCGUCGCACCAUCAGCAGCAGAGGCCUCUACGGCCGUUGGCGCUGAGGAGGAGAAGAGGCGUCUAUCGGCGGCAAUGGGUGAGACUCUGUUUGUUCGGUUUAAUAUGGAUAAGACUUUGGCCUUCCUCGCAAGGAGACACGCAAAACUUGCCGCUGCAAUUGCAUUGCAGCGAGGGGCCGGCAGCAGCAACAACGGCGAGAAUGGCAGUAUUGGUUCAACUCCCGCUGACUGCAGCAGCAACACCCUCGCUUUUUCGUUGAUUUCUGCCUAUUUAAUAGCACCAAUUGCUACCGCACUCGAGCAACGCCUCAAGAAGAACGGCAUCCUCCGAGCCGCCCAGCCCAGUGGGUCAGAGAAGAUCUGCAUGCAGAGGCCGGCGAAAGCAAGCAGCGAGAGCACUGGAGUCGCUCCCGCAGAAGCAGCAGCAGCAUCAAAAGCCUCGAACUCGACUAAGACCGGGACCCGACUAAAAAGAGCAGCGGGAACUGCUGCUAACGCAAAUGCCCGAAAGACACAGGCCAAGAAGAGAGCGUCCUAG